AAUAGUAUGAUAGUGUUGGCUUUCAGAUUCGUUUUAACAAAAUAUUGGUGGAGAAAAGAUUUCUACACAACACCGGAAACACUCGUCUGUGGUUGUUGUAUUGUGAAAACUGCAACCGGAAGUCGCAUGUGUCAGCGAGUGUCAGUCGCUUGAGUAACGGUAGCUUGCCUCCACUCAUCCGAUUGUCUCGGUUUGUCCCGGUUUGUCUCGCGUCCAGUGGCCGUUACUAACGGUAACGGACGGGGCGGGGUCUGUUGUUUUAGAGCCGCGCGAGUGACAAUGCGGCGAGCCGGCUAACCUAGCCUAGCUGUGUUAAAUGGGAGUUAAAGAUGAUCGCGUCACUGUCGAGAGGAAGUUUACUGGACGAGGUUCUUCACGGCAGCUUUAACGAGCAGCAGCUGGCAGCGUAUGUUUCCUGGGUGAACUCACAGCUGAAGAGGAAACCGGACCUGAAGCCAAUCACAGACCUCAGACAUGACCUGCAGGACGGAGUGGUGCUUACUCAACUCAUAGAGAUCGUUGCUGGUGAAGUGCUGGAGGGGAUUUUUGUGAGUCCCCAGAACAAAGAGGAGAGCAGGAAGAAUGUGGAGCAGGUCUUACAGUUUAUUUCUUCCAGGCACAUACGCAUGCCACAUAUAUCUGCUCCAGAUAUUGUUGAUGGCAACCUGAAAUCUGUAAUGAGGAUCAUUCUGGCACUGGCUGCACACUUUAAACCCUCAGCCAAUCACAGGUCUGCUACUGGAAGUGGGAGGAGCAUGGCAAGAGGCCACGCCCACAACCCACUCUCCACUGUUGCUUUAGCACAAGGGGCCGCGGCGGCGCUGGCGUCAGCGCGGUUUGACGCUGCACAGCCUUCACGCGUCACACGCAUCCACAGUGGCUUUGGUUUAGACGUGGAGAAGAACGUGUGUGUCCGUGCUCUGGUUCAGCAGUAUGAACGAGGAUCUCCUGACGAGCACGACAGUCUUCAGACAAACAGCUCUGUCAGCUCACUGUCUCAUCCAAGAGGUUCACCCAGCAGCCACUCACACACACCAGAGGAAGACUGUCCAGAGCAGCAGAGCAGCAGUCAGUUCUGUCCUGCCACACACCAGCAGAGCAGCGGUCAGUUCUGUCCUGCCACACACCAGCAGAGCAGCGCUGCGUUAUCUACUGUUGUAGAGACGACGUGGGAGGAUUCUGUCAGUGAGGCUUUGGAGAAGGAGGUGCAGGAGACUCGCAGAAUGGUCUCUGCGUUACAGAAUCUCCUGCUCCAUGGUUCACUGCCUGAGGACGAGAAGGACGUCUUUUUCAGUUUGGACCAAUGCAACAGUGAACAGCAGCUGAUCGUUAUUCGCAGUCGUUUGGACCAGAGUAUGGACGAGGCUCAGGAGUUAAAGAGGGAACUGUUGCGCUGUAAGCAAGAACUGAGAAACCUUCAGGGUGUCAAGGUCGCUCAGCAGCAGAGGCUCUGCACUCAGGAGGCCUCCAUCCUGCAGAUGAAGCAAGAGCUUCUCAGAGCCAGCAUGACGAAAGAUGAACUCAACAGCCAGAAUGCAGAGCUUCAGUGGAAGCUGGAGGAAUGUAACAGACUGUUCAGUGAAUGCAAGAAAGAGACGGGACAAAAGGACCGACUUCUACAACAACUCAAACACAAGCUGGAAGAAAGUCUUCAGCAGCAGAGUGAACUACAAAGAGAGCUGCAGCAUAUUUCUACCAGCACUGAAAACAACGGAUGUUCUUACUCUGGAAAUCCAGCUCCAUCUCUAUCAGAUGCAGAGGAGGUUCAGCUUCUCAGAGACGCUCUCAGGAGUUUGAGGAACAACUUUAGAGACCAUGACCCACAGCAUCAUACACUGGACACGCUGGAGCAGGGCAUCGCGUCGCUCAUGGACCGAGUUCAUGUUCUUCACACACACAGGGGAAGAGGGAAAUCUCCAAGACACAAAGGUCAGCACACAGACUCUGACACAAAGAUUCCGCAGUCUCACGGUUCUGGAUCUUCAGGGUCCACGAAAAUCCUUUAUUUCACUGGAAAAUCCCCAACGCCUUCCAUGAUCACCAUACCCAAGAGGCUGGGGGAGGUGACUCUGAAGGAUGUUAAAUCAGCUGUGGAUCAAGAAGGAAACUACAGAUAUCACUUCAAGGCCCUGGACCCUGAGUUUGGCACUGUGAAAGAAGAGGUUUAUCUGGACGGUGCAACAGUUCCAGGCUGGGAGGGAAAAAUAGUGGCGUGGGUGGAGGAGGACUGCGGUGAUGAAAGGCCGUUGUAGAUUCUGAGGGUUUGACGCUCGCUGUUUUUGCUCCUGGUGACUUUGAUCCCAGAGGCACAAAUGGACCUUAUUUAAAAACUGAUUAUUUAAACACUGUAAGACGUCUUCUGGUACUAAACCAUAAUCUGCAACAUCGUAAAACCCAGUGCCUUAGAAAGGAAACAUUGUUCCAUCACAUGCUGGGUUGGAACUGUUGUGUUGUUGUCUCAUGUUCUUAUCUCUUAUUCAACACCAGCACAUACUGUAUGUGUUUCCCACUCUUGUUUUCACCGUUUACAAUUCAUGUAAAGUCAAUUCUUUAGUGGAGUAAGAAACAAGAAAAGUCAUGAACACACUGAUCACACAUCAGCCAUCACUGCAAGUAUUAACUUAUGUAUUAUUUACUUAUACAGUUUACUGUGUACAGUAUACUGUGUAUACAGUUUACUGUAACACACAACAGUAAAGAGUAGGAGUUUGGUCUUGAUAUUUGAAUGUAUUUCAGACUGUAGCACAGAACAGGCACAAACUAAACUGCUGUCAGUAAAUAGAAAUGAUGCUGGGUCUUUGUUGUUCACUGUGUUGUUGUUGUUGUUGAUGUUGUUUACUUGAUGAAAUGGUUACUUUACAUUUGAGUUCAGUAUUUUCACAUCCUUAACUCUGUGACUGAGAUGAUGUGGAUGUGAUUUAGACUUUUGUCCACAAACACUGGACCAUCCCACUAUUUAUGGACUGUGUGUGAGUGUGUGUCUCUGUUUACCUUCUCUUACGCCAGCUGAAAUAUGCAUCAUCUACUGUUUGAAUGCCAUAACUGCCUGUACUGCAACAUGUACACUGUGACGAUCAGAUGGUUAUUUAGCAUUUAUUUGUUUAUGCAAAAUGUGCAUAGUGUUUGUUUAAA